ACUGUGGUAUAAUAUAAUAUUUCUGACCCGGAAAUCUAACCAAAGCACGAUUCAGGUCACCUGAUCAACACAGCCGCAUUGUGUUGUUUUGAGGAAAAAUUGCUAGCUACUAGCGAGUCAGCCUGCCUGCUAGCAGAAGCUGCUGCUAAUAGUAUUAUUUCACAGAGAAUACCACCGUUAAUUGUUUGUUUUGAUGAAAAAUCAAAGUUCAGAUACGGAAUUUAAUUAGAAUCUCAAAGGUUGUCUUGGAUACUCCAUUGUAUCCUUCAAAUUUUUGCCUCAAAGCACGAGCGGCUCCCGUUGGAUGCGACGAUUCAGAAGGAAAUCACUGCUGUUUUGGAGGCCUUAGCUACAUUAGAGUAGCUAGCUUAGCCUGCUUCAGCCAUUCGAGCGGAAGGUCUCGAAGUACUAAGAUCUCUCAGGUGCUAAAAAUGAAGAAAAAGACUCGACACCAUAGAAUUUCUCAGCAGAGGCCACCAUCACCCAUCAAACCGUCUCGCAAUCGGGAAACUCUGACAUAUGCACAGGCUCAACGCAUGGUGGAGCUGGAAGUUGAUGGCAGAGUGCACAGGAUCAGCAUCUAUGACAAGCUUGACGUGCUUAAUGAUGAUGACCCCGUAGCACAAGAGAUCAACGAGUGUAACAGCAACAAGGAAAACAGCGAGAAGCCACAGCAGGUCUUGGUGCGCUCUGCACGCCUUAAAAUCAACCAGGAGAAAAAGACCGCUGCCUUGACUAGUGCACAGGGUGCAACUGUGCAGGGAAAUGCAUUGCCUGAACCGAAGAUUCGCACUGUGGAAUACAAUCUCCCACUGGUUCCCCGAAGGCCAUCCAACUACUACACCUAUGUGGAGAAGACCUCAGAAGAGCUGGAUGAGGAGGUUGAGUAUGACAUGGAUGAGGAGGACUAUGCCUGGUUAGAGCUGGUAAAUGAAAAGAGGAGGGGUGAGGGCUUCAGCCCAGUCUCCCAAAAUGUCUUUGAGUUCCUCAUGGACCGUUUUGAGAAGGAGUCCUUCUUUGAGACCCAGGGAAAAGUUGAUCCUCAGUCACUGAUCGAUGAGGAUGCCGUUUGCUGCAUUUGCAUGGAUGGUGAAUGUCAAAACAGCAAUGUUAUUCUCUUCUGUGACAUGUGCAAUUUGGCAGUACACCAGGAAUGCUAUGGCGUGCCCUAUAUUCCUGAAGGCCAGUGGCUUUGCCGCCACUGUAUGCAAUCACCCUCCCAGGCCGGUGAGUGUGUCUUCUGCCCCAACAAAGGUGGUGCCCUCAAGAAGACGGAUGAUGACCGCUGGGGUCACGUGGUGUGUGCUCUGUGGUUGCCCGAGGUUGGGUUCACCAACACGGUCUUCAUCGAGCCCAUCGAUGGUGUCGCCAACAUCCCACCAGCCCGCUGGAAAUUGACGUGCUAUCUCUGCAAAGAGAAGAGUGUGGGAGCUUGUAUUCAGUGUCACAGAGCCAACUGUUACACUGCCUUCCAUGUGAGCUGUGCCCAGAAGGCUGGCCUGUACAUGAAAAUGGAGCUGGUUAAAGAGGAGACCAAGGAGGGCUCUUCUGCUUUCUCAGUGAAGAAGACGGCUUUCUGCGGAACACACACACCAAAUGGUUGCACCAGGAGGCCGCUUGGCAUUUAUGAUGAGGCAUCGUCCAAAAAUGACCUCAAGGAUGAUCUUAAAGGUACAAGGAAAUUGAAACGUGUGCAAAAGAAGAUCAAGAAAACUGUGCCUGAACCUGCAGCAGUUGUCCCAUCUGUUUCUGUGCCUAGUAUAACUCAAACAAGCUUCAACACAAUCUUAAAUCAAGUUUCAGUGCAGAGGAAGAGGUUGUUUGUGGAGUGUGUGCUCAGUUACUGGGUGCUGAAGAGACAAGCGCGGAAUGGUGUGCCCCUUAUUAGGCGGCUCCACACAACCAUACUGCCUGAGAAACCCCCUGAGCCACAGGAGCAUGAGGAGAAGGAUUGCCACAGCCGGAAAGAGCAGCUGAAGGAAUGGCACCGCUUGCGCCAUGACCUGGAACGUGCUCGCUUACUGCUGGAGCUGAUCCGCAAGAGGGAAAAACUCAAGAGAGAGGAGAUGAAGAUCCAGCAGUCUGUGCUUGAGAUGCAGCUCACUCCAUUCACCAUUCUGCUGAGAGCGGCUCUGGAGCAGCUCAAAGACAAGGACCAGACUAAGAUCUUUGCUCAGCCUGUCAGUGUCAAAGAGGUUCCAGAUUAUUUGGAUGUCAUCAAACACCCAAUGGACUUCUCUACAAUGAGGAAACGUAUAGACGCUCAUGGUUAUAGAAACCUUGAUGAGUUUGAAGAGGAUUUCAACCUCAUCAUUGCUAACUGCAUGAAAUACAAUGCCAAGGACACAUUCUUCCACCGUGCUGCUAUACGUAUACGGGACCAUGGUGGUGUGAUCCUCAGGAAAGCCCGUCGAGAUGCCGAGAGGAUUGGCUUUGACUUCCCCAGCGGAUUGCAUCUACCUGAGCCGCCCAAGCUGGAGCCAACACCCACCUUCUCUUGGGAGGAUGUUGACCGCCUGUUGAAUCCAGUGAGCCGCAAACACAUGUCUCUGGAGGAGCAACUGAAACAGCUACUGGACCACCUGGACCUGCUGAGCAGCAUGAAGUCCAGCCCAUCACGAAACAAACGGCUCAAGCUGCUCAAGAAAACCAUCAAUGAUGUUCGCAAUGAGAUGAGCAUGAGCAGCCAGUGUCCUCCCCCUGACAACAUAAAACCUGUGGAGCAGUUAAAGGAUCUUCCUGCUGAACCAGUCACACAGGAAAAGGAAGACCAGUCUUUAGCUCCCAAACUGGAGUCACCUGACCGCUUACCUCAAAUUGAGAUCUCAGUGAGUGAACCAGAACCCCCAACAGUAAAUCAAGUGGAGGCCACUCCUGAUGAGAGUUCAAAGCCAGACACACUGGACGGAGAAGAUACCUCAGUGGCCAGUGGGGACAGCCCAGACCUGCUGUUGCCCACCAGCAAUCUGAGGUUAGUUGCCACCUCCACGCUUGCUGAGCCUUCCACUACUGUCAACCGCCGGACUGCUGUCCUCUUCCGCAAAUCUAAGAGCGUUAGCCCACAGAAGCCACCGAAGAGCCCAAUCCGAGGCCCUCAGCUGGGCACCACUACCUUCCUGUCCGUGGUCAUCCCCAGGCUAGAGACCCUCCUCCAGCCCAGGAAGAGAACCCACAGUGCCAGUAGUGAUGGUCUGGCUGACGACGAGGAGUCUCCCAUCAAACGCUUGGACACAGGUCUGUAUAAUGGCUUUGUCAUCAAGCAGGAGCUGGGGGUCACUAGGUCACUGGAGCCUCGCCGUCGCUGUGUCUCGGAGUCCAGCAUAUCGUCCAAUAGCAGCGCGCACAGCACAGCAAGUACCAACAGUGCACCCAAAAGUGGACGAGAGAAGCCAGCGUUGGCGCGGAGAAACACUGUUGAUGAUAAAAAAGAUUUAAUUUCAUCCAUGGAAACUGAAACCAAAGCUAAUGGUUCAAUAGAUCACCGGUUCCAGGAUGCUCCAUGUGUCCGAGCUCCAUCCCAGCGGCGCGCGCAUCACGGUGGCCCCGGGCGGGCGGGGGGUCGGAGGAGAGGCCGUGCAGGUCCACGGAGAAACGCUCCCCCGCCCGCUCCUCCGGCAGCAAACCCAGCUGGAUCUCUCAGGCAUCCAACUCCCAGCAGCCCAGGACUAGUGGCCCGGAGGCCAGGCCAGGCGCGGGGGUUAGGCAUCUUGAAUGGUUUCACUCUGAUCCGCUGGGAAUCAGCUGGACAGUCCCCCCUCUCAUGUGCUGCAAAGGCUGCUGCAAACCCCUCUGCCAUCAUGACAUGCACUCCCACCAUCACCCCGCAGUAGCUGAGUAUUUAACUAAUCUGUAAAUAGUCUACCAACACUAAUUUAUUUUCCUCAUUGCUGGUACUCAGUGUGACCUCUCUUUUAGUAUGUAUACUGUACACAAAUGUGAGUCCCUCACAUCAAUGUGGUGUGUCUUUACUGGUGCUACGACCUGUGCAAUGUUUUGGCCACAAAUGCAUAACUCUACUAGGGCUAACUAAUGGAGUGUUUCUCAGUGUAUUUCCCAUUACUUUAAGUUAUUACAACAGAAGCAAGUUGGCAUUAGCAACUGGCAUUACAGUUACUUUUCUUUUCCAUGAUGCAAGAUUUGUUUGUGCAGCUAAAAGUGUGUGUGUGUUUGUGUGUGUGUGUGUUUGUUUGUGUGUGUGUGUUUGCUUGUGUGUGUGUGUUUGUUUGUGUGUUUGUGUGUGUGUGUGUUUGUGUGUUUGUUUUAUCACUCUUAUGGUCAUGACUUUUUAAGGUGUUUAACUUUUUGUUAUAUAAAUACUAAUCACCACUAUAGUUAUAAAAUUAAGCAAGAGUGCAUCUUUCACAAGUAGCCAUUUUUUUUUUUUUUUUUUUUUUUGAAUUUCCUUCCAUGUCUGGACACCAUGCUAGACCACCCGACAUUAAGGCUACCUAAGUAAAUAGGCUAGAUUUACCAGACCUGAUCUACAAAAACAACGUUCCACAGUGGCCUACUUCCCAAAUGUUUGUAUUUAUCUAGAUAUAUAAAUAUAUAUGUCAAAAUCUGUGUAGUUUUUCCAUAAUGAGUAUCUUUUUACUGAAUUUUUAAUUUUCAGGGAUGUGUACAUUUAAUUGUAGGAUAAUAUACCUGAGACAAAAAACAUUGAAAAUAGUAUAUGUACGGUUUAUUAUUGAGAGAAUGAUGGCACCUCCUGUGAUGUGGAUGCUAGUCACUGCUCUGUUGUUUUAUACUGAUCUGGACGCUUGAACUUUGGAAAUCUGUAACUUUCUGCAUCAAGAUAGCAAUCUUGACAUGCAAUGGGUAUACUUUCAAAUACAUUUUGUACAAAAAUGCCUUGUAUAGACUUUGUGUGUGUUUUUUUUUUUUUUUUUUUAAUCCGUCUGAUUGAAAAUAAGAUGAUACUGUUCUGCAAUGGAGUGCAAGGAGAGUUAUUUGCUGGUGUGGUUAAGGGUUGAAUGUUAUUUUCUUGACCUUCUCAGAUGUCCUUUGUAGCUAGUAGGUCACUUAGAGAUUUACUAAGCUUAUGUUGUUACCCUCUGUUGUGCCAUGUGUUUGGGGACAUAACAGCUGCUCAUCCGGACAUAAAACUCCUCCUGAACCCAUAUUGGAAAGCCACUUCACACUCACUUCAUGCAGUCCCUGUGGCUGUCUUGCAGGGCAUUCAUAACAAUGCAUAAUUUUCCACACACUGUCUGAUUAAAGUAUGAUUUAACUGUA